UUUGAACACUGUUUGUUACCUGCGGCUACCGUUUUGACGAAGUCAUGGGAUUUCUGUGGUCAUUAGCAGCUAUUUUUGCCGGGUAUUUUAUCGGUGAAAUCGUUCGCCUUGCCUUCCGACGAGUCCUUCCCAAAGUGUACUACCCAUACGCCAAUGAACUGAUCUCUACUUUCCAGUUGUCAGUUUGCGUCUUCGAGAUUUCCGUCAUCGGAAGAUUCUACAAUCCUUGGAUUGCGCUGUGGUGUUCUUUUGUUCUGCUUACUGUAAAAAAUUUGGGGUUUGUUUUUGAAGGAGCCUUGGCGAAUCCUUGCGGGCUUUUAGAGGAUCUAGUUUACGAUCAGGGAUGGCUCACGGAUAAUCUAGCGAAAAUCGUCUUCCAAGUUUUAGGCGCGCUUUUGAGUUUUCCGUUCAUUCAGAUGCUAUGGCUGUCGACAUGGAGUGAACUACAUUAUCAGCAAGUCAAGAAAGGCCUUCGAUCUACGCUCGACGUUUCCCUGUUGUAUGGAUUUUCGAUCGAAAUCUUGGCCACUUUCGUGUCCACCACGAGCGACUUCUUGUCACGUGGUACACUAAGAAGGUUCAACCCAGUGAUUCGAUCGGCGGUCUGUGUCCUUCUCAGCUUUUUUCUUUCCGAAACUACUGGAACGUGGAUGAAUCCUGCGCUGGCUACGGCCCAAACGUUCGUUUAUUGUUCGAGAAAAGAGGUUAUUACCGAGCAUCUGUUCGUGUUUUGGCUCGGACCGAUCAUCGGAACACUCGCGGCUAUCGAAAUGAACACUUUAUUUCUGAAGCCUUCAGUGAAUACCCAAAGAACAAAGAAUAGCUUAGCAAAGAAGAUCAAGCAAUCUUCAGCUAAGAAUCAUCGGAAUAGAGCAGUGAAUUCUAACAGCGAACAAAAGGAAAGACUUGCAAAAAACGCGUAACAUUAUUUACUAUAAAAUUAUGAAUGAAAAUACCAAACACAGUAACUAGAUCUUGAGGCCUAUUCACCGGUUUGAGGUCAAUUUUUUAUCGAGUCAUUCUAACUCGAUUUUAUUUUGGGAUUUUCUCGAUUUCUGAAAAAUUCUCGUGGAAUGCUAGAAACAAUUUUUACCUUGGGCAAAGGAAGAUUACAAGCACUGAUGAACGUGUGUUUCCCAUGCGAUUUCGUGACAAAUCAUUAGCAUAACAAUAUUUCCUUUGCCGUUUGCCCUGUGGCGCACGAUUAACAUAUGUUCGUUUUCGAAGAAUAACAAACGAAGUUCAUGAAAACUGGUAUCAAAUGGAGUGAAGACAUCUUGUGGUAUUUACAUGUUAUUUGUUCAAAUGUAUUUACGUGGCUCGUAUGGGUGAACCGGACACAUUAAUUAAAUAUUCGCUUGGGUGCAAUGUAAAAUGGAAAAAUAUUGUGUGAAAAGCACAAAAGCUGUCACUGUCUUUUUUAUGAUUUUAAAUAAAUAUUGAAUUCAAAAUAA